GGUGGACAGACAGACAUGGAAGUGACAGUGAUAUUUGUGAUGUUGCUUUCCGUAAUCAAUGCAUCCAACAUUGGGGAUGUUACGAUAAGGAGCAAAAAUAGAGGGAAGGGAUCGAUGUGGUGGGGGAUAGCAAAAGCAGGAGAGCCAAAUAACCUUUCUCCUCUGUCACCCGGUGUAUUAUAUAUGGAUGCGUCAGUGCACAGUACCCUUAGAAGGAAACAGAGGAGACUAGCCAGGGAAAAUCCAGGGUUACUGGCGGCCAUAGCAAAAGGUGCGAAUAGUGCAAUACACGAGUGCCAGUAUCAGUUUAGGAACCAGAGGUGGAACUGCUCUACGCGAAAUUUUUUAAGGGGGAAGAACCUUUUUGGAAAAAUUGUCGACAGAGGUUGUAGAGAGACCGCAUUCAUUUACGCAAUUACUUCUGCUGCUGUAACGCAUGCAAUAGCGAGAGCAUGUAGUGAAGGCACCAUUGACACCUGCAACUGUGAAACUCACUAUCGAGAAAGACCUCAAGUAUUUGCGAAUGGUAACAACGCUGCCGUGGCCAAUGUCAGGGAUUUCGAGUGGGGUGGGUGUUCCGAUAAUAUAGGAUUUGGUUUCGAUGUCAGUCGCGAAUUCGUCGACACCGGAGAAAGAGGGAAGUCUUUGAGGGAAAAAAUGAACUUGCACAACAACGAGGCUGGAAGAUGGCACGUUCAAUCGCAGAUGAGGCAGGAGUGCAAAUGCCACGGAAUGUCCGGCUCUUGCACGGUAAAAACCUGCUGGAUGCGACUUCCCUCUUUCCGAGUGAUCGGGGAUCUAUUGAAAGAUAGAUUCGAUGGCGCAUCACACGUAACAGCCUCUAACACGGGACAUAAUAGGAACGCCAACAAGGCCCACAGCAAUCGACUGCCUAAGAACCCGAAAGUAAAUGCCAUAUCCAACAGCAUCCACUCCAAAAGAGAAAAUAGGAAGAAGCAGCAUAAGUACGGCUUCCAACUGAAGCCUAUCAAUCCAGAUCACAAACCACCAGGUACGAAAGACUUAGUCUACUACGAGAUGUCACCUGGUUUCUGCGAGAAGAACCCGAAGUUGGGUAUUCAGGGAACCCAUGGAAGACAGUGCAACGAUACUUCGAUGGGUGUUGACGGUUGUGACAUAAUGUGCUGUGGUCGAGGGUAUCGCACCCAAGAAGUUGUGGUAGUUGAAAGAUGUAACUGUAUUUUUCAUUGGUGUUGUGAGGUUAAAUGUGACCUUUGCCGAAUAAAGAAAACGAUACACACCUGUGUAUGAACUGCUUAAGUUAAAAAUUUUCAUUCGAUAGAUAUUUUGUUGAUUUUGCUGGCUACCAAAAUUAUUAAUUUUUCAUUCGCACUAAACUAUACAUAUUCAUUGUAUUUUCAAAUGAAAUUCCUUCCCUUGGA